GGCAAGGGAAAGAAAGAUGGGAAGAAAGGGAAAGGGAGAGGGAGAGUGAAGAAAAACCACAGAGAAGUGAAUGAGAACAAUAAGAAAGCACUGAUGGACUUUGUAGAGCAUUUGAAGGGGAAGAAAAGACUUAUGGUGAUAGCCACGCCCAGUGCCAGCACACCUCAGUAUGUCCAGCAGAGGGAGGAGAACGAGCUUCAUUUCUGUGACCUUGCCCUGAGAAAGGUUACUAUGGCAACCAUCCUGAGCUCAGGGCCUGACACUACCCUCACCCUGCACCACUACCAACUUGAUUCUGAGACGCCAUUCACCUCACUACCAGAGAAGUUCACUGACCCAGAUCUCAUCUCUCAACUGAUGAAGCAGUAUGGGAUGUCCUCUAAGGUUUUCUCUAUGACUAUGACUGACUAUGACCUGAAACCCAAUAAAGUAUUUGAUGUACCUCCACCCUCAUCUGCGUUGAUGGAAUAUGUUGACACCUUUCCAUCGCGACGAUCUGAAAUGGAAAGAGAGAGAAAAACUCCACUAACCUGCUCCAAAUCCCAAGAACAGGGCGGGGCAUUGUUGAGGUUCAUGUCUAAAAGGAGACUGCUGAUCAUCUCUACUCCAUCUGAGGACGACUACUCCUUCCAACAGCAGCUCCAGGGGCUGAGAGGACAGGCCUGUCCCAUGGGCGUCCGUCAUUUUGCCUUGUUGAAGUUGAUCGGAACAGGACCAACCGCCUCAGGCACUGUGGAACUGUUUCCACUCAAUGGAAAGAGCCAAACAGAGAACGAGCCUUUGUCACAGGACGUGGUCACUGGUCUCCAGGACCAGCUGAAGAUCAACCGGGAGUACUUCAGUAUGCUGGUGGUGGGGAAGGACGGGGACGUGAAAGCCUGGUUCCCCUCGCCCAUGUGGUCUCUGGCCAACAUCUAUGACCUGGUGGACUCCAUGGAGCUGCGGCAGCAAGAAGAGAAGCUGCAGAGGACUUUAGGUAUUCGCUGCCCUGAGGACACUGGCGGUAGUUACCAAGGUUAUGAUGAGGAAGCAGAUUACCACAGGUCAGAGGAGUAAAGGACAGUAAACAGCCCAAAGGCCUCAAAGACCCCAUGGCAGCCAGCUCAAAUGAAUGGUUGUGGGUAAACGUUUGACACAAUAACAGAUUGAACCAUGAAAGGCUUUUUAUUUUAAAUGUUUUUGCAAACAUUUAUCAGAGGCGUGGCAUUUGUAGUUAAAAAUGGCCGACAUUACAUAAAAUGAUCUACAAUUGAAGAGUUGCAUUCCAAAACGCUGUAUAUCCAUUUUCAGAAAUGUUGGUAAAUUAGCUUUUAUUGUUUAAUGUAAUAUCAAAUCAUGACAUGGGGUUGUUCAAUAACAAACAUGUAUUUCUUUAAAAUCUAUCUUUUGAUGCUUUCAGAGGCAAAUAAUCAUGUUUUUUCACAAAACGCUAUAUACCGGCCUCACUCUCAGAGAAAUACACAGGUUUUACACAGUGAAAUGUUACAAAUAACUACAUUUGUAAUAAAGAACAGUACAAAUUAUACAUUUAUAUGACAUUUUUAAAUGUAUAAUUCACUACAGUAAUAUGAGAUCUGUAUGGAAAACAUUUACAUUUGACAUUUUAGUCAUUUAGCAGAUGUUCUUAUCCAGAGUGACUUACAGUUAGUGCAUUCAUCUUAAAAUAGCUAGGUGAGACAACCACAUAUCACAGUCAGAUAUACAGGAUACAAACGUUCCAUUCCAGCUAAACAAUGAACAUAUACUGUUUUACCCCCCCCCAAUAAAAUAAUCUAACAUCAAUAAAUAAAAAUCAGAGAACAGUAAUAUUUUACAUACUUUAUGCUAACCGUAAGCAAUCAUUGCUGAUGAAAAAACACAAAUGUAAAAAAUUGAUGGAUGUAACGUUUUGGAAAUAAACUCUUCAAAUACUUAAUGUUUCUUGAAAUUAAAAAAAGGUUUGUUUUUAUAAUUGUGAUGUUGACAUCUGUUUCUUUCAAAAUUACAGACGUGGAAAGCUGUAAAAAAGAAAGUAAUGAAAAACUAUGCCUGAAAGUGUGCUUCAACAACUCCCCUAUUUGGCCACAUCAAUCACACAUGUCUACAUUGUCAUGGAAAAUAACUACAACUCUUACAGUUUGUUAUAGACUAAUAUCCAGGUAGUAGGAUAGGAAUUGGUUUGACAACAGAAGGUCAGGUCAUUAGCUGUAAGCUAAUAGUAAUCUGUGUUUCAUCAUGACCUACAGAUGUAAGAUCUUAAUUUAAUCACCCUGUUGUAGGUGAACUUUUCUGCAAUGCAGGAAAUGCAAAACGUAUAAUGUAUUCAAGGAUUAAAAAGGCUUCUGAUUUUUGUAAUUUCCACUUUCAGACUUGACUUUCCCUUGUGAAAAAUGUAUCAACCCCUACAAAAAUGUCCAUUAGUUAUAAAACUGUUGCGUCAGGAUUAUUUUGCUGCUGUAGCAAACUGGCUCAAAUUAAGAUCCUACAUCAGUAAACAUAUAAUAGGAAUAAGAUGGGUCUAAGAAAUGUGGUUGUACAGUAUUUGACCUGGAUUUUGGGCUGUUGUUUUUCAGCUAUGCUGGGAGCAAUUAAAGUAGGAUUUGUGGGGAGAAAAAAGCAUGUGUUCAGCAGCUUUGAAAUGGACGCUGAUAACUAGGUGCAGCACAUAGUAAAAAAGAAAGUUACAGCACGCCGGGAAAAAUUUGCAGUAAUAACUGUCAAAGACAGACCUUCAUCUUUCCAUUAUUUCAGUUUGGACAAAUCAGUUGUUAAUUUCAGAUCAAUCUAUUUCAUUAAAGAUCUUGGCUAGGUACUAUCUAAAAUUUCACACAGCAUUCAUCCAGACACUUUUCAUUUCAUUUCCACAGUCUCUUUCAACAAUGACAACAACAACAUCAACCCUUCAUUCACAUAUUGGCGAGCCCUCAAGU